CCCGUAGAAGCUCUGGAACCCCAAGGAAGGGAGGAUUUCGAGUGAAAUAAAAACUAUACAUAUAUACUAUUUCUUUGAACGCUUCAGCCUGCCAGAGCCCAACAUCAUGACCUCGGCAUCCACACAGUUGCUCUCUGUCCUCGUUUGCCUGCUUUUGGUGCUGCCUGGUGUGGAAGCAGUGGAAGCUGGGGAUGCGAUCGCACUGCUGUUGGGAGUGGUUCUCAGUAUAACAGGCAUCUGUGCUUGCUUGGGGGUGUACUCCCGAAAGAGGAAUGGGCAGAUGUGACUCGCAGGGCCACCAGAGUCUAGCCUUGCCCUGAAAAUCUGUGCUGUUGCUGAUAUGCCUGAGCUCUGGUGUCUGACAGUUCCAGGAAAUAGUAAAUAAGUUCGUGUCACAUCCCUAGUUGUUUCCUGUUCAGUGGAAACUAUCUUAAAGUGGGGGAAAAAAGUUUUCUUUACAGCAAGCAAUGCACUGACAUAUCUAGCCUUUAAUUUGUGUUUGCUGGUUGGAAAGGGGUCUAAGAUGUCAGCUGGCAAAAAUUUGCAUAAAUGGUAUUUCAUAGUUUCAGAAUUGCCAAAGCACAUGACACAGAAGAAGGAUGCUCUUAAGCAGAGCCCUGGGAAGUUGCCACUGUUAUAAUCACUGGUAAUCAAGGAGUUUUUUUUCUCCAUAUGUUUAUUAGAUUUGUGUUUCAUCUCCCAAGUUAAUAUUGUACUGAGAUAUCAAAUAGCUAAAAAUGAGAAAUUUUACCUCUGGGGGGGAGGGAAAGCUUAGAAAGAAAAUGAAUUCAAUGUGUCUAAUGUUGAAAUGGAGAAAAUAUUUACUGUCAAAAACUUUGUUAGCAUUAAAAGGCAAAAGAUUUAAUGCAAAAAAAUUGUUAACAUUCUUAUAAUGAGAAAUACUAUGUUAAACAUAAACCCAUUGUAAGUUAAUGUGUAGUGCUCAUUUCUGUUUCUUGUGGACUGUUUUUAAUCUCUGUGUGCGUUUACAUAAGUAGAGGUCAGUAUACUCCACCUUAAAUGCUCACACUCUGCAAGUGACACAGUCAGUGAGAAAUGAAAAAUGGGCAGCAUCAGGAACUGAGGCAGGGAGAGUGAGUGCAUCUGUUUUUGUCAUGACUUUUGUACUAACAUUAUUAUUUGGAUAAGCUGGCAGCAGUACCUUUUGUAAUUAAUAACGCCUGAUUGUGCUUUAAACAAAAAGGGGAAAGCAGGAAAUGAUAUGUCUCACACCGGUGAGUUGGUACUAAUUCCAGAAGGUUCUUAUUCCCCCUUGCAGAUCUGAAUAUCUGCUUUGAACAGGAGAAGUUAAACCUGUAGUACAUGUGAUUACUAAAGAUUUAUUUGAGGCAGGGAGAGGUUCAUCUUCCACCUCCUGGUUCACUCCCCAGGUGGCCACAACAGCCAGGGAUGGGCCAGGCUGAGGAUGCAGGGCCACCUGCUGCUUUCUCAGCGCAUCAGCAGCAAGCUGGACCACAAGUCGAGUCCAUUUGGGAUGUUGGUGCCGCAGACAGUGGCUUGCUACAUCAUAGUUCUGGCCCAAAAAGUACAUCUUAAAUCAUAGCACGAUAGUCAUUGGUCACCUCUGGGCAGCAUAUUUUAAAAUAUACAGAAUGAAUCUCCGGACAGACAUUCUUGAGAGAACAUGUAUUUCCAAAAGCACCUACUGCCAUUUCCUGUUCUCUCCUUAAAAUCAGAAUGUUGUCCUGAGGUGGCAGGCAGCAUUUUUGGUGAAUUCCAUAAAAAUUAGCCUCAUUCCUCA